GCCGAGACAUCACGUGGCGAGGCGGUACCUUCUGUGUCAGAGGGUGUCACACCGGCAGCCCCCAUGCUCCGUACGUGCAUCAUGUAGAGGCCUUGGGACCUCAAGACACUCCGCGGGCCGGGGAUGUGUCCGUGGAGGAGCAUGAUGUUGACCAAAAUUUGAAUUUGGUUCCGAAUGUAUUGUCGGAGGAGACGUCGGGUGGUGCGGGGCAUGAUACAAUGUGUGGAGCCACAUCGAAGGGGAAGGCUCCCCUACUCAUUGUGAACCCUCUGGACGUCAUUCGCUCGAGGAAGCGGAGGUUCGACCCUACUACAGACCCUGUAAAGUCGGCCGAGACUUCGCGUGGCAAGGUGGUACCAUUCGUGUCGGAAGGUGUCGCACCUGCAGCCCCCGAUGCCCCACACAUGCGUCGUGCCGAGGUCUCGGGACCACAAGACGCUCCGUGGGCCAGCGAUGUGUCCGUGGAGGACCAUGAUGUGAACAAAAAUUUGAUUUUGGGUCCUAAUGUAUGGCCGAAGGAGACGUCAGGUGCUGCGGGGCUUGAUACAAUGCAUGGAGGCACAUUGAAUGAGUCUGCCGAGACUUCAUGUGGUGAAGCGGUACCUUCUGUAUCGGAGGGUGUCACUCCUGUAGCCCCCGGUGCUCCGUACGUGCAUCAUGUCGAGGUCUUGGGACCUCAAGACACUCCGCGGGCCAGGGAUGUGUCCGUGGAGGACCAUGACGUUGACCAAAUUUUGAAUUUUGGCCCUAAUGUACUACCGGAGGAGACGUCUGGUGGUGCGGGUGUUGGUGGCGAAGACCGCUGCUUGGUGGUUACGGACCACAUACUCGGGAAACAUCCCACGGAGGAGUUGAGUGCGUGGUCACGUUUCUGCGCCUCCGUCGAGUUAGGAGGGGUCUUAGAGGCCGACUUUUUUCUGAACACAAUAGGGAUCAUCGCUAAAUCCAUGCGCGAAUGA